GACAGAUAAUACAGACGUCUUUGGAUUUUGUGAAAUAUUUUUUCAGAACCGCUUCUUUGGAUCAGUUGUCGACAUAUCUGGAACUGUUGAUCAGUAAUCUGUCGAAUAUUAAUCGGAAACAUAAAAAUCAUUUUAGGGUUAAGAUUAAGGAAAUGUUUAUUCGAUUGGUUCGCAAAUACGGAUAUUUAAUGAUCUCAAAGAUGAUUCCCGAAGAAUACAGGAAAGUAUUGAAAAAUAUUCGUAAAGUUGAGGAAAGAAAGAAGAGGUUCACUGAAGACAAUGAAAGUGAUAGACAGACAAACAUAACCACAUCUAAAGCAAGUCGUAAAGAGUUUGAGGACAUAAUCGCCAAUUCGUCUGAUGAGGAGUCGGAAGAAGACGAUCAGAUGACAAGCGUUUCCCGAAAAGAUGUCAAGUCAUGGAUGAAAGACGAGUCGAAUGAAAACGAAAUCAUCGAUUUGUUGAGCUCUAAAAUGAGUCAAAAUAUUUUGCAUAAAAAUCCCGAUUUGAAACCCAAAGAGAAGAAAGAGGCGUUUGAAUUCAGUUCCGAUGGAAAGCUUGUGAUUCAAGACUUGGAUAAGAGGGGAACCAAAAGGGGAGCAGAAGAGGACGAAGAUAUGGAUCAAAAUGAGGACAUCGAUGACGAUAUGGUGUCUAAUAAACAAAGUGUGAAGACAUCUAAUUCUAGACAAUCUAAUUAUAAAACGGGAGGAAAAGGCAUUCACAGAGCGGUGGACAAAGAGUUUGGAGGCGAAUAUCGGUCUAACAAAGCGAAAGGCGAUAUGAAACGGAAGGGA